AAAAGAGCUUGCAGGGUGUGUUACAUCGUUAUUUGUCCGGGCUGGCGACUGGAAGGGAAGGGACUGUAUGUAGUGGGACUGGUCGGACUGGUUUUACCCAUUAUGAAAAGAUGAAUGCGAUUAAGUAUGCCAAGAAGACGAGUAUUGCUAAUAUUAGUUAACUAGACACACAGCUAAUCAAAACACUGGCGUAAUACAAGGGACAGUUGGCGUCUUAUGGCGGGUUUGUCUUACUUGGUGUUCCGAUUUUCGGGGUCCGCAGGUAGGACAUAUGGAGUGUUUUCAAAGGGAUUAACGAGGACUUUGUUGAUAUUUUUUGAUCUUGCAUGGAGACUUCGAAUCAGAUUUCCAUACCUCUACCUCAUCGCCUCGAUGAUGUUCAAUGUACGAUUACAGGUUCACAUUGAAAUACACUGAUGUGCAGGUGCCACAGCAGAAGAGCAUGCCAGCCCUUGAGAAUAAUGUGCAUUUUUCACGGUACAUUUUUGGAUGGAUAUGUGACUUCCUGCUUGCCCAGAUGUGGACCAUAUGACAGGAAGAAAGAGCGACCAUUGAUGCAUGGCCGCUUUCACCGUCGCUCACUGCCAGUGGAGGGGGGAGUCCAGUGCCUUUGCUUGUGGAAGGACUCUGUGAUGUCAUCAGAGAAGGGUGUGCCCUGCAGGGACAUAACAUGAACCCUCUGCUGCACGGGAGCGGACAACAGGAGGAUCACUUCUAUUUGCGCCAGGAUGCUAAAUUAUGUGCUAAUUGUCUGGGAAAGGAGGGCUCAUUGGUACAAUAAUAACAGUCUGAUGUGUGAAUUGUCAGGGUCCCCCCUACCCCAUUCUUUAACCUUUUUGAAGUUUUAACUGACAGCGCCACCUUGUGGCCUGGCCAGAAGGGAAACUGGAGCCUUAAUUUUCACUGCGUUCUAAUCUUGGGGUCUCAAGCUCAAAUCAUGGAAAGCUGCUGCUAGUUUUCCAUCUGUUCCUGCACUUACGUACUUCAUGUCAGUCAUUGAUUGGCUGAGGAGACUGCAUACUUUGUUUCCAAGGCCUAAAAUGACUUCUGAUAAAUCAUAAAACCCAGCGGAGAUUAUUGCCCUCCAGGACUGGAGUUCGAGACCCCCCAGUUCAAAAUGGUCCAGCCUCUCCCGCAGCAUGGUAUGAAGCAGCCUGUCUGCGGCCCUUCUCACUCCAGCUGUCCUGGCCAGGGGGCCAGUCUUUGGGCGACGUUUGGGUGGUGUUUCAUGACAGGCUGUGCAUGCAGCAUACUGUGCAGUUCGGAAGUGGCUGCACACACAGCCUUUCAUACUCAAACCCAAAGCCCGUCUUUGGCUAAAUCACACUACACCUUCUGCACUUACUAUUUAUGACUGCGACGGGGGAAGGGUUUUUUUUAACGAGUCACGGGAAACAUUUUAAACUAUAUUGAUUUGUAUAGGGGUUGCAUUCGAUUUAUUUUACAUCUUGAUAAUUUAUCAACUCUCAAAAUUAAUACGUAAAAUAAUGUUAUCUCAGUGACCCUUUUGUCAAACGGUAAAUUAUGAAAACUUGUCUCUGCUUGUUUACAGAUAUAUUUAAUAUGCUUGUACAGCGAUAUGUUGUAUUUCCCCGUGUUUUAGCAGUGUCUUUUCUGUCAGGUGGAGCCGAACCCCUGUGUGCACUGACAUUUUUGUUAGCCUUGUUGAAUAAAUGGUGAACUUUGA